AUGCGCACAGAAAACAGAACUGCCUUGAUAUUGCUGAGUUGUCUAGCAUUAAAUAUCUGUGGAAUAGGUGAGUAAAUAUUCAUUCAAGGGCAUUCUCCCACAGAGAAAUUGCCACCCCUGACUGCCACUCGUUCGUAGACGACUCUACGUCGUGCAUUAUUCAAAGUAUGGUUAUAAAAUAGUCGUUAUCCUUUCUGACCGCAAUCAUCCAUUUUCUCGAACGUUUCUUCUCUUUUUAUAUAACCUGAAGGCAACUUGGCGUGUAUCUAUGCGUAUAAAUACUAUCUUCGCAUGCAUCUUCAUCUUGGCCUCAUCCUCUUACAGUCUCAUUGUAAUCUUCAUAGGUUUCAUUAAUAACCCAGCCAAUAAGGGGAGAUUGGGGGCCGGGGGGGAUGUGAUUCAGCGCAACUCACUGCCGAAGCUCCCUGAAAAGUCUGGGGAGGCAAUGCAAAUCAGUUCUUGGCUGUUGUGAAUAAAGUUGGCUUUUAUUCACUAACGAAUAUUGAGUUUAAUAUAUCUUCUGGAGUGUGGAAACGUUAACACCAUGUGUUUUAUUAUUGCAAAACUUUGGAUCCGUAAGACCGGAUAUUUUAUUAACACUGACUGGACUUGCGGGUCGAAAGCUUUGCAAUAAUAAAUAUACGUGGUGUCUCCACACACCAAAAUAGGCAUGCAUGCAAACACUUAUAAAAAUACCGUUUAGCCACAGGUUAAAUUAAACCAUCUGAUUAGACCAUAUAGGUUGCCUUGGACUAAACCAUCAAAUUGAUAUCUUUCAGAAAAUAUUGAAUAUCUACAAAAUUCAAAACACGAACUUUUUAAAAUUGACCUACACGAGCAAGCUGGGCAACCUAUUCAAAUUCCAUGCGAUGUACUAUCCUAUCAAGAGGAAAUAAAAUGGAUUGAAUGGAGGAAAAGCAACUCCACUACUCUGUUGUUGGUAAAGUACCCAAACUAUGAGGUGUACAUCAAUCCAGAGUUCUCCACACGUCUCAAUAUGGAUAAAUAUGGCGGAUUGAUAAUAAACCCACUUCUUCAACAAGACGCAGCAACAUAUGAAUGUAAGAGCUUUAUGUUAUGGGAUAACAUCACUGCAUUCGUUCAUGGAUCGAGUAUCAAUUUGAAAAUUAAAGGUAAUUUUGAAAGAUAA